GCCAUGCAUCCCACUGGGAUGUAUUUUAGGGUUACAUGCAUUCAGGAGUUUCGAAGCGACGCAGUAUGCAGUGCUGUCAGGAGAGAAUGGUUUCUCCCAUCACCUGUGCUUCAAGUGGUUUGUCCCACUAUUCAGCCAGCCUACCCUGAAUGAGUCAUCCUGCUCUUCCCUGAUUGGCCGGUUGGGAUCCAUCCCGAGGGAUUGCCAUGCAGAAAGCUGCCGAGGCCUGACUUCAUUCACAGAAACAUCGUUUGCAGGCAAGAAAGCGAGACGCUGGGAAGGACUGCAGUGCGUUAGCCGCAGCGCUACAAGAAGCUUGUGAAUGACUGCUGCUUCCCUGUCACGAGCGCUUCUGGACAUUUUACAUGAAUGGCUCUUCUUUUCCUGCCUUAAUAUCGUGGGCUUCAUCCCGUUGGCUCUUUUUUAUUAGGGCUGGGAGAUCUGACAUCACUGUUUACGGUCGUAUCCCUGCUGAAUACGGAUGGCAUUUAAGUGAGAUUGAAUCGUUGAAUGUUGUGUUUAAUUAUACAGCAAAGCUCAUUGAGGAGUAAAGCCUAGCUUGUUUUGUCCUCUCUAGGGGGAGAUAUAUUCGAGUGCUCGUGUGGAUGGAUUUAUGCCGAUUUCGUAGUACGUAAGGAAGAACGUAUGUGACGAACAAAGAUUUAAAUUUGAACACAUUUUUUAAACAAUGGCGAUGCAUUAGCGAGGUAGAACCAACCAGACUGAUGCUUGGGAAAAGGAGAACGCUUUCAAAUAUUUAACAUCAGUUUGGUAGAUUAUUAUUUUACAAUCAAUGGCAGCUCAUGCAACACACCUUUUGAGUAGAGCACCUUGCUUCUGAAAUAAAACUGUGAUUGCAUGUGUGGAAAUUUAGAGGGCUCCAAGUUUCAUUGUAUAUGUGAUCCACAAACACGCACUGUACUCAGUCGUGUUUUCUGCAUUAUGUCAGUGGAUUAUGCUGCUGACUGAUUUUGAUUCUAGUUCAUUCUGACUGAGCUCGGAUUUCAUUACAGUGAUCUGUUUAUUGCAUCUUUUCCAUUCUGUUUAUCCGUUUCAACACGGAUCGAAUCAAAGCAAGAGGCGUUCCUACAAACAGGGCGAAUUUGAAGAAUUGAUUGGUUCUACUGAGCUGUAAGGUGGGAGUUUUUUUUUUUUUUUUUUGUUAGGGAAAGUGCUCUGCAGUGUUGAGUGAGUCUUUUGUUGAGAAGGGUCUCUCGUUCUCUCUCUCUUUCUCUCCGAGUGAGUCAUGCAUGUUCAGGGAUCUGCCAGGAUGCAGAGGGAGAGAGAGACAUCCCAUCAGUAGAGCUCUUUCUCUCUCUCUCUCUCUCUCUCUCUCUCUGUCAUCUCUGGCCCUCUAUCUCUGUAGAGGAGCGACCUCGCGCUGCUUUUCUCUCUGUCUCCAUGGAUUCUGCGUCUUCUGGUUUAUUUUUGGUCCCCAAGCUGCUGCUGCCGCUGCCGCAAGGCGUCGGAUUUUCCUGACGGUCCCCUCGCUUGCUUUCUUCGAACCCUUGAGGGACGCUUUCUCGGCUCCAGCAUGUUGAAGAAGUGGACAGUCAGCUGGGAGUUGGAUGUGUCCGUUCGCGUGUAGGCUGGCACACCGAGGGGAAUGCUUCACCGUGCUAAAUACAACCGAUUCCGGAAUGAGUCAGUGACGUCCGUCGAUGAGCUUCUGCACGGUCUCUCCAUGAACGCCAAGGUCUCGGCCGUCCCGCCGUCGCCGCCCGUGGGCGACCCUCCGUACGCCCCACCAGCCGACGUGUUGCCGCCUGACCCUGUGGAAGAGACUGGCACCUUGUGCACCCUCAUUAACAAAGUCUCCAACCUCAAAUUCGCCAACUCUUCUGGACUCCUAGGCAUCAAGGGCCUGCCGUCCGCCGUCAAGGACCUGGCCGUGUCUAAACUCCAGGGAGGAGCGACAGGAGGCGGAUCCGGCAGCCCAGGAUCAUCCACCCUCCCGGCGGCCUCUGGAGCGCCUCACGCCCCACUGGAGCCCGGAUCCACAAACUCUGGGAAGAAGGGAAGGAUGGAAGAGUCUCAGCCCGGCGGAGAGAGCUGGGGCCUGGGAGCAUCGGGUGCCGUGGCUUGCGGUGGUCUAGUGAAUAAGCCGUCUCAUGGAUGGCUGCACUCAGCCGAAAAGAUUUCCGGACCUGGAGUGACGUACGUCGUUAAGUAUUUGGGCUGUCUUGAAGUCCUCCGGUCCAUGAGAUCCCUGGACUUCACCACACGAUCACAAAUCACACGGGAGGCGAUCAGUCUGGUGUGUGAAGCCGUCCCUGGUGCCAAAGGAGCUCUGCGCAAGAGAAAGCCUCCCUCCAAACUCCUCUCCAGUAUUUUGGGCAAGAGUAACCUGCAGUUUGCUGGGAUGAGCAUCAAUCUCAACAUCUCCACCAGCAGCUUGAACCUGAUGACACCGGACUCCAAACAGAUAAUAGCCAAUCAUCACAUGCAGUCCAUAUCCUUUGCCUCCGGUGGAGAUCCGGACACGACUGAUUACGUCGCUUAUGUGGCGAAAGAUCCCGUUAACCGGAGAGCCUGUCAUAUUCUGGAGUGCUCUGACGGUCUUGCUCAGGACGUGAUCAGUACGAUCGGUCAAGCCUUCGACCUGCGCUUUCAGCUCUAUCUGCAGUGUCCGUCCAGCAAACCCUCGUCCAUGCACGACAGGGUUAUGAGCACAGACGAGCCCCCGUGGACGGAGGAAGGAGAGGAUUCGGCCGAUCAUCACUACUACAACAGCAUUCCCGGAAAGAUGCCGCCACCAGGAGGAUUCAUUGAUGCUAGACUGACCAAUCAGACGCAAGACAGCAGCCAGGCAGCUGGAGUCGACCAGACUUACUACCAGAGCCGCCCCAUGUUCAUCCAACAAGGCUCCUGUGACAUAUACAGCCUCCCUGAGGUCAAAGGUCAAGCCCCUAAACCAGGAGAAGUGGCCACGUAUGUGAACACGCAGCACAUCGACACACAGAUGUUGGCCGCCCUCCAGGCAGAGUCAGAGACGGCGUCCGAGUCGGGCACGAACGGGACAGCUAAAGACAGCCCGAGGAAGGACCUCUUUGACAUGAAGCCGUUUGAGGACGCCAUCAUGACCCGGACUCCAGCAUCAGAGCUGCACAAAGCGGCGUCUGUGGAUAACUCCAGUCCUCUUCUGAUGCGCGCCGCCGCUCUGAGAGCUCAGGAGGAGCUGGAGGACCAGACGUGGUACCACGGAGAGAUGAGCCGCCGACAGGCCGAGAAACUGCUGCUCCGCGACGGAGACUUCCUGGUGCGGAAGAGCAGCACCAACCCGGGCUCAUACGUCCUGACGGGGAUGCACAGCGGCCUGGCCAAACACCUGCUGCUGGUCGAUCCGGAGGGAACGGUCCGGACGAAAGAUCACAUAUUCGAGAGCAUAAGCCACCUGAUUGGCCAUCAUCGUGACAACAACCUGCCGAUCGUUUCGGCGGGAAGCGAACUGUGUUUGAAGCAGCCGGUGGACAGAAAACAGUGACGACAUCUGAAACACACACGCUCAGAUGACUGAAUCUCCGUCGGAGAACACGUGACGCUUGUCCAGCUGCUUGACUGUGCAGAUUUCAGUCUGGAUGAUGCGAAAGCGCUCUCUCCGAAAGCUGAUUUACUGAACUGAGUUAUUUUAUUGCGUUGGCUGAGAAUCUCUAUUUUUGAAGAAGACAGCGGUGGAUUUCGGACAGCCGUUGGAAAGAGUUUAGACGAACUCGGGCCCCCGAGAGGGAUGCGACGAAAACUAGAUAAAGAGUAUUUUAGAAUAAAAAAAGUUUUAGUUUUGUCUAUCAAGCACAAGCGGAUUUUUCGUGUUCGUUGGUAAGAGCUAGAAGGAAAACUACGAAAUGGACCUGUUUUAGGAGUUGGUCCUUCCCUGCAGCCUUCAUUCAUCAUUUGGAGAAGAUGAAGUGAAUGUGUUUGCUUUAGCAGAAGUCACACAUACUGCACGAACACACACACACACACACACACACACACACAUGGCUUUAAAGUACCUUCAUUUUUCUAUGACGUUGAAACCUGUGGCAUGACUUAAAUUCUUAAUUGUGCUUGUGGUCAUUGUUGGUAGCAUCCAGAGCCCAGGAGAGGUGCUUUUGUGUGCUCACAAUGUAAAAUAUGUAUGCUUUCCCAGUAUUUCUUGAGUUUAGCUCCUUCUUUAAACGUGUCGGAGGUGUAGUCGCUCGGCUUUAUACCUUGAUGUUUCUCUUGGUUCUGACUUUAAUGGUUUUUUCAUGACUGUGGGCUUCACACACACACACACACACACACACACACACACACACACUGGUAUUAUGAUUCUCCUGCUGAUGAUUACUUUAAAUUAAACGGUUCUAAAUGAAUAGCACAAUCAACGCUUUUCUGUUUUUGCACAGUCUAAUUCCUGGACAAACUGAAAUGUUACUGGAUUUUUCACCCUUUUAGCCACACUUUAAAAUAUUCUAUUUAUUAUUCUGUAAACAUGCUUCUGUUGCAUUCAGUUGUUUUCCUUUUUUAAAUCCACAUUUCAGAUAAAUCAAAUUUGCAGCUGAUGCUAUUCAUGUUUAGAAAAUAGCACCAAGAUGUGAAUACACGCGGGUCAAUGUCAAGAAAAUGACCCCAAAAUCAACAAAAUAAUUUAUUUUUCAUAAAAACAAGCUUAAUAAUCAUGACAAUAAUUGUAAAAAAUAUUAGUAGUCGUACACAGGUUGAAUUUUUUAUGGUGAAUAUAAUUUAUGUUUUUGUUUUCUUAUUAAAUAUGAUUUAUUUAUUGUUGCAUCUGAUUACUGUUUCAUAAUAAAAAAAUUCCUGAAACUGACCCCAAAAUAAAAAAAUCUUUUUUUUUUCUCAUAGUCAUAAAGAAAUUUAAGCUUAAUUGUCAUGAAAAUAAUGAAAGAAAAAAUUAAUGUUCUUACAAACAGGUUUAAUUUAUUUUUUAAUAGUGAAUAUUAUUAUUAUUUAUUAUUAUUUUAUUUACCUUAUAAAGUUAUCAUGCAUUAAUAAGGGUGAAUCUCUUUUUUUUUUUUUUAAAGGCAGGAAAUAAAAUCCAAAAUCAACAGAAAAUUAAAUUAAAAAAAUUUAGAAAAAUGCAGUUUCAUAUAUGCUCAACUGUGGAUCUCUUCUCUUUCUCUAAAUUUUAAUAUGCUUAUAAUUGUUAUCGUUUGCAUUAUUGCAUCACUUUGAAUAUUGUCAUUCUCACACAAACACAACACAUGGUUUUUAUAUAGUGAUUAUUGUCAUAUUAAACCCUGAAUAUAUUGAUGUGGAGGUACAGGAUAAAUGAGAAAAAUAUAUGUUUAGUUUUAAAUAAUUUUCAUUUUACAGUUAAAUGAAUUCUAUUUAAUUAAUUAAAUACUAAAUAAUCUGAUACUUCAUAUUUUCACUGAAAUAUUUACAGCACAAGAUAUAAUCAGUAUGUCAAUGCAUUUUACAUGUGCAUAUACAUAAAGUACAUAUUUUUGUUGAUAAAUAUUAUAUUGCAAUUAUUAAAAACCAAACCUAAAUUGCAGAUCAUGGUGAAUCAACAGAAGGUUUGGAAAAGAAACACUAGUUCAGUUUGAGCUGCUCUAAAUCUAAUAUUUUCACACUUUUCUAGUCACGCUUUUCUUUAACUAAAGCUAAACUGCCAAAUCCAAGCAUAAUUUCACAGGAAAGAUGUUCUAUUAUAUUACAUUAUCAUUAAACUGACUCCAACUAAUCAGCGGUGGUUGAACUGUUCUUGUAAUGCUGCAGCAAAACUAUUCAAGAUCUUAUUAUUCAUUACUAAAAUACAGUUUUGCUUUACAUUCCCGAGUUGUGUUGAGGAAAACGUGCCUUUUAUUUGUCCUAUCGUGCUUUUCUCUUGAAAGUGCAGUAGUCCAAGCACCUUCCACUGAUCACAGCGGUUCACAGGCCAUGCAACAGGUGACAGAAAGCCCAAACUGUGCUUGUAUGAAUUAUUCCUAUUCUUUAUGAUUGGUGGCAAUAAAAGAAUCAUGUGUAUUA